AUGCUCAAUGGAAUGCUCGAAAUAAAAAUUGACGACAGAAAGUAUGUAGACUGGAUUUUGCAACGGGUACUGUCUUACUCGUUAUGCAUAUCCCUCAUGAUGACUUUUUCGUGUAUGAAAAAAAAGGCAAUUGUGUGUGAGCGUCGUGAAGGCGAAGAACGUGAAACUGCUUUCACAGAGGAGGAAAGAAAGAAAAAAAAAUCCUUGUAUAAUUUACUAAUUCGCAGCAGCAGGGUUGCGCCGUUUGGCAUCGCAUUUAUCUUCGGCGCUGUAGGGACACUCAUCGGAGGAGUCACUUCUUACCACAUAACGAAAAGGUUCUUUUUUCAAGAUGACGCAAAUGGGAGUGAAGAACGCUUGAGGAAAAACACCAGCUGCUUCGUUGCUACGUACAUCGGUGGCUACAUAAAUUUUGUGGAAGUCGCUGAUCUGUUAGCGGUGGACACUAUGGAAAGAAACAGCAUGUUCAUAUUAGACGAUUUGUUUACCAAUCUGUUUCUUAUCACUUUGCCCUUAUGGAAACAUGUUGGCGUUUUUUUUUCUGUCCACGGGGAGGAACCCGUGUCGCUCAACAGCAGUGAAUGUGUCUCGAAACAAAAUGGAAGUGCAAUGAAGUUAUCUCAUGAACAGAGGGAGGCAGAGGGAAGAGAAGAGAUAACACACCUCCUGUGUGAUUCACCACUGUACGCAUCAUACGGGUCGUUCGCAAAUCAUGAAAACUGGCCAUUACCCCUAGGGGACGACCAUCAGCUAAAGCCCCACCAGGUAAACCCUCCUAUGGUGUACUUCUUACCCACUUUGUUGUGCAAAUCCUUAUGUGACUGCCUAUCCGUGGUGGUCAUAAUUGGACUGAGCACGAAAGUGCUGAGCGACUACGAGUUCAUCUAUCAAUUUGUCACUUCCUAUAUCCCGGCUGACAAAUUCAAAACGUACAUUUUAUUUGCGCUUGCCUUUGGCUACCUAUUCUGCCUGGAUUGCAUUGCAUACAUUAUGGCUAAGCGCAUAACGAGACGCACAAAGAGAGUAGCAGUUUUUGUGACACAUAUUUAUUUCAGAGCCACAGAGUACUACUCAACCGUUUUGCACCUUUUAACAGUUUACUAUUUGUCCCUUUCAGGGAUGUCCAUUGAUGUGCGCAUUUUGUGUAGCGUUAUUAAGCCGCUAGCAAUGUUGGUGGUAUGCCUACUGGCAACUCAUUUAUUUUGUGUGUUUUCUUUUUCGUACAUAUUUAAUGUGGUUACCAAGUGGUCUCUCCUGGUUUUACAUAUAGACGAAGUUUUGCUAGCCAUCAAUGCAAAUGUCGGGGGGCCCAGUACUGCUGCACUCAUGUCCGAUGUGCUGGGCAGACCUGAUUUGGCCUUUGCCGCUACCUUCUGGGGUGUCUUUGGUUACUUCGUGGCGACGCACGCAGCCAUGGGUAUGUACACGCUUUUGUAA